GGGCGGGGCCGGCGGAGAAGCGCGACCUUUGACCCGCGGCGGGGCUCCGUGGGAGGCGGCGGGCGGAAGUGCGGGCAGCGGGUGGCCAUGGAGGAGCCUGUUCACGACGGGGUGGCCUCGCCGGCCGCUCCUGGGACCGGGAAAUCCAAGCUGGAAACAUUGCCCAAGGAAGAUCUUAUCAAGUUUGCCAAGAAGCAGAUGAUGCUAAUACAGAAAGCUAAAUCAAGAUGUACAGAAUUGGAGAAAGAAAUUGAAGAAUUGAGAUCAAAACCUGUUGCUGGAGGAACUGAUGAUAUUAUUAAGGCAUUGACCAUACGUCUGGAUGCUAUUCUUUUGGAAAAAGCAGAGACUGAGCAACAGUGUGUUUCUUUGAAGAAGGAAAAUAUUAAAAUGAAGCAAGAGGUUGAGGAUUCUGUAACUAAGUUGGAAGAUGUGCAUAAGGAGUUUGAACAAUCAGAAAGAAACUAUGCAAAAGAAAUGGAAAAUUUGAAAAAUGAAUUAAUGGCAGUACAUUCCAAAUACAGUAACGAUAAAGCUGGUUGGCAAAAGGAACUGGAGGAAGCAGCAAAAAAACAAUUAGAGCUUUCAGAACAAAUCAAAUUUCAGAGUGAUUCUGAAGAUAAUGUUAAAAAACUACAGGAAGAGAUUCAGAAAAUUAAGCCAGCCUUUGAGGAGCAAAUUUUAUGUCUGCAAAAGCAGUUAGAAGCUGCUACAAAUGAAAAGGAGCAAGAAAUUACUCAUCUCCAAGGAGUCAUUGAGGCUAAUUCUCAGCAGUACCAAAAAGAAAUUAAUAGUUUGCAAGAAGAACUUUUACGGUUGAAAUCUACACACCAAGAAGAGGUGAAAGAAUUGAAGUGCCAAAUUGAAGCAUCUGCUAAAGAACACGAAGCAGAAGUAAAUCAUUUAAACCAGCUAAAGGAGAACUUAGUCAAACAGUGUGAGGCAAGUGAGAAGAACCUUCAGGAGAAAUAUGAAUGUGAAUUAGAAAACGCAGACCAGGAAAAUCAAAUGUGUUCUUUGCCCUUACAGGAAGAUAUUCGUGUAGAACAAGCAGUAAAUGAAAAAGUCAAACACUUAGAAGAUACCCUAAAAGAACUGAAGUCUCAACAUAGCAUCUUAAAAGACGAGUUAACUUACAUGAAUAAUCUUAAAUUAAAACUUGAAAUUGAUGCCCAGCAUACAAAGGAUGAGUUUUUUCACGAACGGGAAGAUUUAGAGUUUAAAAUUAAUGAAUUAUUACUAGCUAAAGAAGAGCAGGGGUGUGUAAUUGAAAAAUUAAAAUCUGAGCUAGAAGAUUCAAAUAAACAGUCUUGCUGUACCGUAGAACAACAUAACAAAGAAGUACAGAGUCUUAAGGAACAACAUCAAAAAGAAAUAUCAGAACUAAAUGAGGCAUUUUUGUCAGGUUCAGAAAAAGAAAAAUUAACAUUGAUGUUUGAAAUACAGGGUCUUAAGGAACAGUGUGAAAACCUACAAAAAGAAAAGCAAGAAGCAAUUUUAAAUUAUGAGAGUUUACGAGAGAUUAUGGAAAUUUUACAAACAGAGUUGGGGGAAUCUGCUGGAAAAAUAAGUCAAGAGUUUGAAUCAAUGAAGCAACAGCAAGCAUCUGAUGUUAAUGAACUUCAGCAGAAGCUCAGAACUGCAUUUAAUGAAAAAGAUGCUCUUCUUGAAACUGUGAAUCGUCUCCAGAGAGAAAAUGAAAAGUUAUUAACACAGCAACAAUUUGUACCAGAACUUGAAAAUACCAUAAAGAACCUUCAAGAAAAGAAUGAAGUGUAUUUAGUUAGUCUCAGUCAGAGAGAUACCAUGUUACAAGAAUUUGAAGCAAAGAUAAGUUCUCUUACUGAGGAAAAAGAUGAUCUCAUAAGUAAAAUUAAAAGUUAUCAUGAAGAGGUGGAGACUGUCUAUCACAAAUGUGAAAGGGAAGAAAGGUUGAUUGUAGGACCCAGGGAGAAAGUGGAGCAGACUACCCAGUACAGCAGUGAGCUAGAACAAAAGGUAAACGAUUUAACAGCACGACUAGAAGAAACCUUAGAAGAAAAGGAUCAAAAGGACCAAAAACUGGAAAAGCUUAUGGCUCAGUUGAAAACUCUCACUCAAGACCAGGAAGCAGUGUCAUCUGAAGUGAAGUCUCUUCAUGAGGAAAAUAGUAGACUGAGUUCAGAAAAGAACCAGUUGAGCAGGGAUUUGGAAGCUCUCCUGUCUCAAAAAGAAGGAGAUUUUAUGCUGAAGGAGCAGAUUUCUGAAUUAGAAAAGAAACUUCAGUUAACAGUUGAAGCAAGAGAUAAUUUAAAUAAACUGUUGGAAAAUGAGCAAGUUCAGAAGUUAUUUGUCAAAACUCAGUUGUGUGGUUUUCUUGAACAAAUGGAGUCAAAAGUUUCAGAAAAAAGUGAGGAACAAGAUGUUGUAAAUGUCCUACAAGCUGUAGGUGAAUCCUUAGCUAAAAUAAAUGAAGAAAAACACAACUUGGUCUGCCAGUAUGGUAAAAGGGUAGCAGAGUUAGAAAAAGAGAUUAAGUUCCUCCAAGAAGAGAAUGUGAUUCAAUGUGAGGAACUUAGGUCUUUACUAGGAGACCAUGAGCUAGAGAAAGCUCUCUUAAGGAAAGAAUUAGAAGAAACCGUCUUGGAAAAAGAGGCCCUGCAGUCUGAUCUUCUAGAAAUGAAGAAUGCUAACGAACAAACAAGGCUUGAAAAUCAGAAUCUCCUAAUUCAAGUUGAUGAAUUAUCUCAAAAAUUAUGUAGCAAAAAUGAAAACCAUAAUGAAGAAGAAAAAUAUUUUAUAAAGGAACUUGAAAACCUAAGGCCAUUACUAGAACAAAAAGAAUCAGAAUUGCAAGAUGUGAGAGCAGAGUUGAUAUCAUUAAAGGAUUCCUUAGAGAAAUCACCUUCUGUAGAAAGUGAUCAACCUUCAGUAAAAGAGUUUGAAGAAAAAAUAGCAUAUCUGGAAGAAGAAUGCAAAGACAAAGAGGAGAAAAUAGAGAAAUUAAAACUAGUUGCUGUGAAGGCAAAGAAAGAACUAGGUUCUAGCAGAAAAGAGGCCCAGACGCUACGGGAAGAACUUGAAUCUGUUCGCUCAGAAAGGGAUCAGGUGUCUACUUCCAUGAGAGAUCUCAUUCAAGGAGCAGAAAGCUAUAAGAAUCUUGUAUUGGAAUAUGAUAAGCAGUCAGAGCAGUUGGAUCUGGAGAAAGAACGGGCUAAUAAUUUUGAGCACCAAGUAGAAGACCUUACAAGACAACUAAGGAAUAUGGCUUUUCAGUGUGAAAAAUUAAACUCAGAUAAUGAAGACCUCCUGGCCCGUAUUGGGACACUGCAGUCUAACACCCGGUUAUUAGAAGUGCAGAUUUUGGAAGUCCACAAAGCCAAGGCCAUGGCAGACAAAGAGUUGGAAGCUGAAAAACUUAAGAAAGAGCAGAAAAUAAAGGAGCAUGCCAGUUCUGUAAACGAACUUGAAGAGCUUCAGCUACAACUGCAAAAGGAAAAGAAACAGCUUCAGAAAACCAUGCAAGAAUUAGAGCUGGUUAGAAAGGAUGCCCAACAAACCACAUUGAUGAACAUGGAAAUUGCUGAUUACGAACGUUUGUUGAAAGAACUAAAUCAAAAGUUAGCUAAUAAGAACAGCAAGAUAGAAGAUUUGGAACAAGAAAUAAAAAUCCAAAAACAGAAACAAGAAACCCUGCAGGAAGAAAUGACUUCGCUGCAGGCUUCAGUACAACAGUAUGAGGAAAAAAACACCAAAAUCAAGCAGUUGCUUGUGAAAACCAAAAAAGAACUGGCAGAUUCAAAGCAAGCGGAAACUGAUCACUUAAUACUCCAAGCGUCUUUAAAGGGCGAGCUGGAGGCAAGCCAGCAGCAAGUAGAAAUGUAUAAAAUUCAGCUGGCGGAAAUGACGUCGGAGAAGCACAAAGCUCACCAGCACCUGAAGGCGUCCGCGGACCAGCAGCAGCGCACACUGGGCGCCUACCAGCAGAGGGUGGCGGCCCUGCAGGAGGAGUGCCGCGCUGCCAGGGCAGAACAAGCUGCUGUCACCUCUGAAUUUGAGAGCUACAAAGUCCGAGUUCACAAUGUUCUAAAACAACAGAAAAAUAAGUCUGUGUCUCAGACUGAGACCGACGGAGCCAAACAAGAAAGAGAACAUCUGGAAAUGCUGAUUGACCAACUAAAGAUCAAAUUACAAGACACCCAAAGUAACUUACAGAUCAACGUCUCUGAACUGCAGACCUUGCAGUCUGAACACGACGCCCUGCUAGAAAGGCACAGCAGGGUGCUGCAGGAGACCGUGUCCAAGGAGACCGCGCUCCGAGAGAGGCUGUGCGCCGUGCAGUCGGAGAACUCCGCGAUGAAGUCGGAGCACGCGCAGACCGUGAGUCAGCUCUCGGCCCAGCACGAGGCCCUGCGUGGCAGCUUCCGAGACCAGGUGCUGCAGCUUCAGGAGGAGCACCGGCGGACGGUGGAGACGCUGCAGCAGCAGCUGACCAGGCUGGAGGCCCAGCUCUUCCAGCUCCAGAGCGAGCCGUCCACAAGAAGCCCAGCUUCUUCCCAGCAACCUUUGAGGAGCCUUCGAGAAAGGAGAAGCACAGACCUCCCGCUUCUGGAUGUGCCGGCCACGACCCGGGAGGAGGGGGAGGGGAUGGAGACCACGGACACCGAGUCCGUAUCUUCCGCCGGCAUCCACGCGCAGUCCUUAGAGCAGCUGCUCCGUUCUCCCGAAGCCAGGCUCGAGCCUCCUUCCUGGCAUGCUGAAUUCACCAAAGAAGAAUUGGUUCAAAAGCUCAGUUCCACCACAAAAAGUGCCGACCACUUAAACGGGCUGCUUCGGGAAACAGAAGGCACCAACGCCAUCCUCAUGGAGCAGAUUAAGCUUCUGAAGAGUGAGAUCCGGCGGCUGGAGAGGAACCAGGCGCGAGAGCAGUCGGCCGCCAACCUGGAGUACCUGAAGAACGUGCUGCUGCAGUUCGUCCUCCUGAAGCCGGGGAGCGAGCGGGCGCGGCUGCUGCCCGUCGUGGGCACGAUGCUGCAGCUCAGCCCCGAGGAGAAGGCCAGGCUGGCCGCUGCCGCCCAAGGUGCGCGCGCCUGGGGCGCAGACCAGAGCUUUGAAACUCUGUCCGUUGGACGCGCUCUGCCGUGUGUGUCCCCGUGAGGAGGAAAAUGCUUCCCGUUCCUCCGGCUGGGCGUCCUAUCUGCACAGCUGGUCUGGACUUCGAUAGACCGAAGGGAAAAGCAUUAUUUAUUAACCAAAUAGAAUCCAUUCGGCAAAAAAGGUUCACGUACAUGGCUGUCGUUCUUUUGUCCAGAAGCGUGUGUACGUAAGUCACGUCUCCGUGUGUGUGUCCAUACGUGUGUCUGAUGGGUUUAACUCCAGCAGGUGGAGUGUGGGAGGGGCUGCAGCCCAGGGACCCUGCCCCUCCCGCUGCCGCCAGACCCAGAGGCCACGAGGCCACCCCACUUCCUCCUCCGGACCCUCAGGCCACCUGUGUCGGGGCCGCACUGUUAAUUCUGGAGUUAAACUAGAUUUUGGUCCUGUACCAGCUGGGAUUUAGGCUUUUAAAAUAAUGUUUGAAGACCAUUUAUCACAAGGUCAGACUUGCAGAUAGAUUGUUAUUAGUGACAAAUUAUGAGAGAAAAUUUGUGAGUUAAAGUGUGAAGGAAAAUGCUUUAUCAGUAACGCUGACGUCUUUAUGACAGGAAUGUAAAGUGAAUGUGCUGCCGUUCGUUACGAGACUAAGUUAAAAUGUGAUUCAUUUCGUUAUUUCCUUUCAAAUGAGCUGUCCUUUCUUCUCUGAAGUGUAUUACCUCAAAACCUGUUCUGGGAUCAGAUCAGAAGCCCUGGUCGCCACGUUCCCGUGGGGGGGGGGGCCCUGGGGCCCUGCCCAGGCUCCUGCUGUGCUUCAGCUGCUUCCACGCCAGGAGUCUGGCAGGACCCGGGCCGCGUCCCCAGAUGACCAUUCACCGGGGCGCUGGCUUGCGGCUCCGCGUGCUCCCGCCCCCAGCGGACAGGUCGCUGCGCGCUGCAUGGGGCCCUGGGAGAUCGCACAGCCCCCGAGAGCAGCUCUAGGUGCAGGUCACCUGCCUGGGCGCCUCUGAAUAUUCCAUGGAGCCCAUCAAGCACGUGUCCUUAAAUCAUAAACGUGAGAAUGCUAGUUGCAGAGUUUCUUUGUGAAAAAGUCGCCUCACAGUAUGCUCUGGGAAGCUCUCUCAGCUUCCAGCUCAUACUCCGAUCUUCAGUCUCAGCUGGUGAACUGACUUUGUACUUUGGUGACUGGGAACUUUGGUUUCCAAUUUAAUUUAACUGAAAUUUGCUGCUGACAUGUUGAGUUUGUUCUUUAAACAAAAAUCUCAAUGUCUGUCUUUCCUCCUGUUUUAGAAGAACAGACCUACUAGUGAAUGUAUUAAUGAAAUGCAUCUAUUUCAGAGCUGACUUUAAAAGUUUAAGUUUAGUUUUUUCCUUUAUAAGCUGUGAAUAUGAGUAUGCCAGCAGUAUGCGCUAUAACUGUCACAGUAUUUAAAUAAAUUUCACUGUCUCUGCAAGUCCAGGCCUCUUUGAAAUCUAUAACAACUUGUUUUGAAAUAUAGUCUCUACCUAUGGACAUAAUAACAAAAGUGGCUUUUUGCAAGAUAAAAAAAUUUAUUACUUUGAUUACAAAAGGGGUAUCCUUCCCUGGUUUCAGCAAUGAGAGGAAAUGUCAUGAUUAAUAUUUCUAUUAAACGUGUUGCAUUGUUA